UCAUGUUUUCAUUUUGAUUGUACUGAUUAUAUAUUUUCAAUACAUAAGUGUUACUAUUAUGACGAGCGGGACGUUUACUAUUAACGGCUACCCAAUUGGGUACGAUAGGUAUGGCACCGGCCCGUCACCUGUGCUCAUGAUACCCGGUGCUAUCGGCACGGGUAAAACCGAUUUUUACGAACAGUUGGAAGGGGACGACCAGUUAGAUCAGCACAAGUUCACCAUUAUUGCUGUAGACCCGCCCGGUUGGGGCCGAUCCCGACCACCCGCUCGCAAAUAUGAUCAAAACCUAUACGAUAAUGACGUGGAGUGUUAUUAUGAACUCAUGAAACAUUUAGGUUUUGAAAAAUUUCACGUGAUCGGUUGGUCGGAUGGCGCGAUUGCGGGCGUAUGGAUGGCCUGCAAAUAUCCCGGUGUUGUCACACGAAUGGCGGUUCACGGCAUUUUGUGCACUCUAUACCCGCAAACCAUAUAUGUAUUGAAGUCGACUCGUAAUGUCGAGGGUUGGCCUAAAGAGAGACUCGACAACUGUCUUCGUUCGUACGAAAGCAAAGAAGAUAUACAAAAACUAUGGGACAGACACUUGAAGUUUGUUGACUAUUUUAAUUCGUAUUUCCCACAGGACACCAAUAUUAGCAAGUAUUUAAAAGUCAACUGUCCCAUUCUUGUCAUGCAUGGCGAUAGGGACCCAAUCAGUACGAUAGAGCACCCUGAAUAUUUUGUAAAGCAUAUAAAGUCUGCCCGAUUACACCGAUUCCCCGCCGGUAACCACGACUUGCACUCCAGGUACGAUAGGUAUAGCACCGGUUCGUCACCUGUGCUUAUGAUACCCGGUGCUCUCGGCACGGGUAAAACUGAUUUUUACGAACAGUUGGAAGGGGACGACCAGUUAGAUCAGGACAAGUUCACCAUCAUCGCUGUGGACCCGCCCGGUUGGGGCCGAUCCCGACCACCCGCUCGCAAAUAUGACGAGGAUGUCUACAAUAACGAUGCGGACUGUUAUUAUGAACUCAUGAAAAUGGCCUGUAAAUAUCCCGAUGUUGUCAUACAAAUGGCAAUUCACGGCAUUUUGGGCACUCCUUCCCCAAAAACGAUGUCUGUAUUGAUGUCGACCCGUAAUGUCGAGGAUUGGCCUAAAGAGAGACUCGACAGUUGUCGUCGCGCGUAUCAAAGCAAAGAGGAGUUACAGAAAUUAUGGGAUAGAUUCUUGAAGUUUGUCGACUAUUUUACCUCGUAUUUCCCGCGGGACAUCAAUAUUAGCAAUUAUUCAAAAGUCACCUGUCCCAUUCUUGUCAUGCAUGGCGACAACGACCCGAUCAGUACUAUAGAGCACCCUGAAUAUUUUGUAAAGCACAUAAAGUCUGCCCGAUUACACCGAUUUCCCGCCGGUAACCACGCCUUGCACUCCAGUUAUUCCUCGUCUUAUAAGAGACUCGUCGAAGAAUUUCUACUCAAAUAAAGUUUUGGAUUAUUUACUAAAUUACAA